UUUAAGAGAAAGUGAAACUCAACAACAGGAACACGAGGAAAUGACAAAGCUAAUAUGAACGAGGUAAAACGUUUUGGCAAUUGCUCGUUUAUUUGAGUUAAAACACGAUUUCUAAAAAAGGUUUAAGAGACGUCAUUGAUUGAUCCAUAUUCUGACAGUGUGACAUCUGGACAAAUCAUCCCGGCUAGGAAUUCAACACUCGCAUCAGGUGCUCCUUCAUCACUCCUCAUGUGUGGGAUGUGAUCAGGUUCAUAUAACUGUCAGCCUGUCACACGGUUGGCUUAUUUAUUUAUUUUUAAAUCAGUGGUUAAAGGACAUUUCCUCCACAAUGGUCUUGGUGAGGCUUUUAGUGCUGUCUCUAUUUCACAUGUCUCUGGGUGGGUCGCAGCCCACCCAGAGUUCACAACAGGCGUCCAGCCCUCUUCACCCCGCAGGACAGCAAUCUCCUUUGGGUACUAGUAAUCUGUCCUUCCCUUGGAGCCGUCUUCGCCUGCCAAGGUACAUCAUUCCUCUUCACUACCACCUCCUCCUGCACCCCAACCUCACAACUCUCAGUUUCACUGGCUCAGUGCAGAUCCAGAUUGAUGUCCAGAACAACACAAACUGGGUUGUAUUGCACAGCAAGGGUCUGCAGAUCUCCAAGGCCGCCAUAGUGGACCAGAACUUCGCUCACUUGUCUGAUCAGGUUCUUCCAGUUCUUCAUAACCCUUCCCAUGAGCAGAUUGGCAUUUUCUCUCCCAGGGUGCUCAGCAGCGGGCAAAAGUACUUUCUGUAUCUUGAGUUUGGGGCAGAAUUGUCAGAAGGCUUCUAUGGCUUCUAUAAGAGCACCUACAGAACCAGCACAGGAGAGACCAGAACAUUAGCUUCAACUCACUUUGAGCCCACGAGUGCUCGGAUGGCAUUCCCUUGUUUCGAUGAGCCGAGCUUCAAAGCUAACUUCUCCGUUCGGAUCAGGAGGAGUCCAGAGUACAUUUCUCUGUCCAACAUGCCUGUAGUCGAGACGUUUGAAGUAAACGCUGGCGUGCUUGAGGACCAGUUUGAUGCGAGUGUAAAGAUGAGCACUUACCUCGUAGCUUUUGUCAUCUGUGACUUCAAAUAUGUCACUGCAACGACAUCUUCUGGGGUGCAGGUGUCCAUCUAUGCCUCCCCUGAGAAGUGGCCACAAACCCGCUACGCCCUGGAGGUUGCUGUCAAAAUGCUAGACUUCUACGAGGAAUAUUUCAACAUCCACUAUCCUCUACCCAAACAAGGUACCCUUUGUUUAGUUUUCCUGUUACUACUUUGUCAGAUCCCCCUCUUUCCCCCUUUCACGUUCUCUCCACUGACCUGUGUUUUCCCGCUCUCAGAUCUGAUAGCCAUCCCAGACUUCCAGUCUGGUGCGAUGGAGAACUGGGGUCUGACCACCUACAGGGAGACCAGCCUGCUCUUUGAUCCCCUCACGUCCUCCAUUUCGGAUAAACUCUGGGUCACCAUGGUGAUCGGACAUGAGCUCGCCCAUCAGUGGUUUGGUAACUUGGUGACCAUGGAGUGGUGGAACGAUAUCUGGCUGAAUGAAGGAUUUGCCAGAUACAUGGAGUACAUCUCAGUGGAGGCCACCUACCCUGACCUCAAAGUGGAGGAAUAUCUUCUGCACACCUGUUUUUCAGCAGUUGGUCAUGAUUCGUUGAACUCUUCUCGGCCAAUAUCCAGCCCAGCAGAGAACCCGACUCAGAUCAAGCAGAUGUUUGACACAGUCUCCUAUGAUAAAGGAGCAUGUGUCCUCCACAUGCUGCGACACUUUCUGACAGACGAUGUGUUCCAGCGGGGGAUAGUACGAUACCUCCGCAAAUACAGCUACAGAAAUGCACACAACCAGGAUCUGUGGGACAGCCUCGCCAAUACAUGCUCCGAGGAGGACUUCAUGUCAGGAAAACACUGUUACAGCAGCAGCCAGGCCUCCAAGAAUGCAUACCUUUUUGCAGGAGAGCACAUGGACCUGACAGCCAUGAUGAACACUUGGACUCUGCAGAAAGGUAUUCCUCUGGUAACUGUAACUAGGAAAGGGCCCCAUCUGCUGCUGAGACAGGACCGGUUCCUGAGGACAGUGCUGCCUUCUGACCGUCUCUGGUCAACUUUGCAACAGGGUUUCCUUUGGCACAUCCCCCUGACAUACAAGACAGAUGCUUCCAGCACCAUCCACAGACACCUGAUGACAACACCCACAGACAGUAUUCAUAUAGGAGAGGAGGUCAGCUGGGUGAAAGUAAACACUGACAUGACAGGCUAUUAUGUGGUUCAUUAUGAGGAUGGUGGUUGGGACGAGAUGACAAAACUACUGAGGGAAAACCACACUGCUCUCAGCUACAAAGACAGGACUCACUUGAUACACAACGCCUUUCAAUUGGUCACGGCAGGUCAACUGUCGCUCGAUAAAGGCUUAGACCUGAUUGGUUACCUGCAAUUGGAGACGCACACUGUGCCUCUCCUUGAAGGAAUAGGCUAUCUGGAGGCCUUUUACCGGAUGACCGAGAAAAGGAAUGAGUUUGAUGUAAUAAGCAACCUGGGGAUGUACAUCCUGCGAUUUUUCCGUGCGGUCAUUGACCGGCAGACGUGGAGCGACAGGGGCUCUGUGUCCGAGCGACGGCUGAGAUCAGAGGUCCUGUCACUGGCUUGCCACCUGAAGGACCCUCCCUGUCUGGAGCGGGCACGUGAGAGCUUCAAAGACUGGCUUCAGUCCAACGGUACACUCAACUUGCCAACUGACGUGGCAGACACGGUGUUUUCAGUUGGAGCUCAGGAUGACCACGGCUGGGUUUCACUCUUACACACAUACAACAUGUCUCUCUCUGAGGCACAAAAAAGCAAAAUCCUGUUUGCCUUGACCUGCAGCAGAGACACAAACAAACUGCACAGUCUGCUGGAGUUGGGUCUUGAGGGGAAGGUGAUUCGAUCCCAGGACCUGUCCUCUGUCAUCCUGAUGGUGGCCAGGAACCCACAGGGAUAUCGCCUCACCUGGAACUUUGUCAAAAAGAACUGGGACACGCUGGUUCAAAAGUUCCAGCUGGGCUCGUUUUGUAUUAGAAACAUCCUCAUAGGCACCACAGGCCAGUUUUCAUCUCCAGAGGAGCUCACUGAAGUGCAGCAUUUCUUUGAGUCCAUCAAAGAGCAGGCGUCUCAGCUGAGAGCUGCUCAGUUGGCCCUGGACAACGUGCAGAAAAAUGUUCGCUGGUUUCAGAGGAACCUCGAGACUCUGAGAAACUGGUUGAACAAACAAUUGCAGUGAAAGACAGCAGAAAGACAGGUGGCGGUUAACAGACGCCACAGCUGGGAUAUUUCAAAGUUUCUUUGAAUUUUGUACGUGUUUUUAUUGGCUUAUUGUAAUAUGUUUGAUAUCACCGAAGAGCUGACAGUUUUGUAUAUAAUUACUGUUUUGUAAAUUAGCAGGGGAUUUGUUUGUUAGACCCAGACUGAGAGAGAGAUUACAUGCUCGGUAGUCUUUACCAGAUAGACAAUAAAAGUGUUGUACCUCCUGCCACCUUUGUGUGUGUUGCUGAAACAUAUCAUUGUGCUGAAUACAACCAGUGUGUGUUUGUUUGUGUA